CCCAGAAGUAUCAGGGAUAGGCGAACAAACACUGCAUAGGUUCUGCCCUGUUACUACAAUUCUGUGCGCACCGGGUGCACCUCAUUCUUGUGACAAAACCGCCAGCCUCGCCCGGAGUACCUGCCCUGCCUGCUAGAUAGUAACUACAGUACCGAAGAGCAGAGCCAGCAAGGAGGGAGUGGGAGUCGGCCAGGUAGCAAGUGUCCCCAAUAGAACAGGUUUGGAAGCAGCAGCAGCUGGAAUUUGACUUCCUUGAAGAAAGAAUGACCCUGUAGGUAAUUUGGAGAUUUCUCUGCACAAAUCUGAAUAUGAAUUACACCAAUCUGAUGUUGUCUACAUUUUCAGCAAACAACUGAAGAUCUAAAAUGGCACCUGUGCAUACUACCAAGAAGACCGAAAAUGACCAAGCAACAUCAAAUCUUGUCCACAUCAAUAAUCCACACCUAGAAAAAAUGAAAGAAGACAUUUUGUACCAUUUCGAUAUUGGGACCGGGACUCACGACUUUCCAGCUAUGUUUGGUGAUGUAAAGUUUGUCUGUGUUGGAGGAAGCCCAUCCCGGAUGAAAGCAUUUGCACAGUACAUAAAUGGAGAAUUGGCACUGGGUGACCCCAACUCUGAUAUUCCCAAUAUAUGUGCAGGAACUGAUCGUUAUGCAAUGUAUAAAGUUGGACCUGUCUUAUCUAUCAGUCAUGGCAUGGGAAUUCCGUCAAUAUCUAUAAUGCUCCAUGAAUUAAUAAAGCUGCUGUAUCAUUCCAAAUGCACCAACGUCACUAUUAUUCGCAUUGGCACAUCUGGUGGCAUAGGUCUGGAACCAGGUUCUGUUGUAAUAACAAGUCAGUCUGUGGAUGCUUCAUUUAGACCUCAAUUUGAACAGAUUAUUCUUGGAAAAACUGUAGUUCGCAACACAGAGUUGGAUUCUGAGCUGGCCCAAGAAUUGUCUCAGUGUAGCAAAGAGAUCAACGAGUUCAAUACAGUCAUUGGAAAUACAAUGUGCACCCUGGAUUUUUAUGAAGGUCAAGCACGUCUUGAUGGAGCAUUCUGUUCAUACACAGAGGAAGAAAAAAUGCAGUACUUGAAAGCAGCAUAUGAUGCAGGAGUACGAAAUAUUGAAAUGGAGUCUUCUGUGUUUGCAGCAAUGUGCAAUAUUAGUGGGUUGCAAGCUGCUGUAGUAUGUGUUACACUUUUGAAUCGUCUGGAAGGGGACCAAAUCACAAGCUCACAUGAAGUUCUUGUGGAUUAUCAACAACGGCCUCAAAAACUUGUUGGUUUUUUCAUCAAGAAACAUCUGAGCAAAGACUGAAGCUGGACCAAAGACUAAGGGGUCGAUUUAUCAAAGGUCGAGGUGAAGUUUCAAAAUGAAAAACUUCGAACUUCGAGCUAUUUUUUGUGUACUUUGACU